AUGGGAAUCGAUCUCAAUGACGUCAAGCCUUCUACUCGGACCCUGACAGGAUUCAACGGCUCGUCAGAGGUAAUCGCAGGCACGAUCCGCCUCUCGGUUCAUGCAUGCGGAGUCACGCGAACGGUCAAGUUUUCUGUGGUCAGCUCCAAAGCUCCUUACCACGUUAUACUCGGCACCCCAUGGCUACAUUCGAUGCGAGCAAUCGCAUCAACGUACCAUCAGUGUGUUAAGUUCCCAGGAUCAGACGGAUCGAUCAAAACUCUGAAGGGUGAUCAGCAAGCCGCGCGAGAUCUCCUGAUCGCCACGGUUAAAAUCCAGCGCUCCCAGUCACUUGUCAACUCGGUCUCUCCUCCCACGAGCAAAGUCUGCCCGCAAAAGGAAGAGGUUCUCGAAGUACCAGUUGACGAGUCGGACCCGAGCAAAUCAGUCCGAGUAGGCGCAUUUCUACCCGACGAAAUGCAGCAGAAGAUCCUCGAGUUCCUUAAGCAAAACCUGUCCACGUUCGCCUGGACGAUGUCUGAUAUGAAGGGAAUCGAUCCAGCUAUCACAACCCACGAACUCAAUGUUGAUCCCAACUUCAAACCCAUCCGGCAGAAAAGAAGAAAGUUGGGACCAGAGCGAUCCAAAGCAGUCGCAGAGGAAGUCGAGCGUCUACUCGGUGCCGGUUCAAUCACUGAAAUCCUAAUGCACCCGGACGACCGGGAGAAAACUGCUUUCAUCACCGAUCGGGGAACCUACUGCUAUAAGGUGAUGCCAUUCGGAUUGAAAAAUGCCGGAGCAACCUACCAACGGCUUGUCAACCGAAUGUUCGCCGAGCAGCUUGGGAAGACAAUGGAAGUCUAUAUCGACGACAUGCUCGUCAAAUCGCUCCGAGCCGACGACCACUUAGCACACUUAAAGGAAUGCUUCGCCAUCCUAAACAAGUACGGGAUGAAGUUGAAUCCCGCAAAGUGCACCUUUGGCGUCUCCUCGGGCGAAUUCCUUGGUUACAUUGUCACGCAACGAGGAAUCGAAGCUAACCCGAAACAGAUCUCAGCAGUCCUGAAUCUCCCCAGUCCGAGAAACUGCCGGGAGGUGCAGAGAUUGACAGGACGCAUCGCCGCGCUUAAUCGCUUUAUCUCCCGAUCCACCGACAAGUGUCUCCCCUUCUAUGAUCUCCUCCGAGGGAACAAGAAGUUCAUUGGGAUGAUAAAUGCGAGGACGCCCGCCAAAUCUCAAGUCCUCGCCGACUUCCUUGUCGAGCUCACGCCAGAUCUUGCACAAGACCUCGAUGUCCCGAGUCCCAAUUGGAUUCUUCAUGUCGACGGAUCAUCGACGAGUAAAGGAUCCGGUGCUGGAGUCCAGCUUCAAUCGCCAACAGGAGAACUCAUCCGCCAGUCUUUCAGCUUCGGCUUCCCGGCCUCUAACAACGAGGCAGAGUAUGAAUCGUUGAUCGCCGGUCUUCGUCUCGCCCGAGCCGUCAAAGCCAAACGCUUGAGUGCUUAUUGCGACUCGCAGCUCGUCGCUAGCCAGUUUAGCGGCGACUACGAUGCUCGCAACGAUAGAAUGGAUGCGUAUCUCCGAGUGGUUCAGGAGCUCGCUAGGGAAUUCGAUUUCUUCGAACUCACCAAGGUUCCUCGCGGAGAGAACGUUUGCGCCGAUGCCUUAGCCGCACUCGGGAGCAAACUCCACGAUCAGGUCAAAAGGACGAUACCCAUACAUCGGAUCGAUCGACCAAGCAUCGACUCUUCCUCCGACGAAAGCUCUCCCAUCGCUCCAAUCUUUGCAACAACUCGACGAUCCACCACCGAUCAAACCGACGCUGAGAUGCCCGAUCGUGACGAUACCCCAGUCGAUUGGCGAACCGAGUUCCUAGAUUAUCUCGUACGAGAAGAACUGCCAAAAGAUAAGUGGGCAGCGAGACGCCUGAAGAGACGCAGCGCCCACUACGUCAUCAUGAACGACGAACUUCACCGAGUAACCGCGAACAAGGUUCUCUUAAAGUGCAUCCAGGGCGAUGAAGUACGCCGAGUAAUGGCUGAAACUCACGACGGAGCAGGAGGAAACCACUCGGGAGGCCGAGCACUCGCCCUUAAGGUUCGAAGCUUGGGAUUCUUUUGGCCGUCUAUGAACACUGACUGCGAGGCAUACGCUCGUCGGUAA